AUGCUCCUUUCCACGGGCUACGGCUCGCUUCUAUUUCGCGAUGCCGACGGCGCGGAGCGCAUGCUCAAGGCCGCGCACCAAAAGCACGGGCGCAUCCGGAUACCCUAUAGUGCGCGCCCCGAGGACAAUAUUGCCUAUGCGACGCUCCAUGAUGCAGAGCGCGCGUGGAAGACGGCGCCGUCGGUGCGCGACGUGGUGCGCGAGGCGGCGCCGCUCGCGUCCGGCGCACGGGGCGGCGACCAAGACUAUUUUCUCGUCAAGGCCGAGCGCCAGCGCGCGCCAGACGCGCCAGACGCGCAGGGGCCGCGCGCGCGCUCGGCACAGUCCCUCUUGUCGCGCUGGGGCGGCUUUUCGGGGGCGCUCGGCGAGAAGAAAUAA